AUGAAGUAUCUACCGUUGCCUCAGAUUGAAGAGGUAUCGAACGCCCUUAAUUUCGAUACCCCGGACCUCCACGUUGUUGGCGGCUGUGAUCUCUACAUUACGAAAGCAGCGUCAGACGAUCGCAAACUGUACAAUAAGAUCGAGCAAUCGUUGGAAUCGCAGUACGAAUCGCUACUUAAGUUAUCAGCAUCGCUGUCGCCACCAUCUUCUUCGAACGUCGCGCUUUCGCUGAAUUUGUCGCGCUCAAGCCCGUUUGGCCCUCUUACGGAGCAUUCAAGUCGAAGAACAUUUGCCUAUCUUAUCGCAACACUGAACGUGAGCCACCCGGAUUACGACUAUAGCCAUGUCCUGCGACCAAGCGAUUUUCGACGUGAGCGGAAUUUGAAGAAAGUCAUGAACAACCUCGACAUGACUCUUCACAACCUCCGGCCCCAUUUGCGCGAAGAUGGCACGCCCUCGCCACCGAGUGAUUCAUUUUCCGGAUCGUACAGUGCUAGCUUCGCAACAGCGUGGGGCCCGCGAAUGUGGAAGAACAUCGACGAGCAAAUGACGCUAAACGACUGCGCGAUCUUUUCGUACUCCCCCGAAGACGAUAUGGACGAUGAUGACGACGGAGCAAUCUGGAGUCAUAACUAUUUCUUCUUCAAUAAACAGCGCAAACGUGUCUGCUACAUUUAUCUGCGCGGAAUUCCGAUCCUGAAUCGCUACGAAGACGACAUGGCCAUGUGGGAGGACGAUGGCAUUGCUACGCCUAUUGGCAAGAGAGUUUCUGAUGAUUUGUACUUGAAUUCAGAUGCCACUGCGAAGAAACGUCAACGGUAUUGGCUUGGUGACUUGGCAUCUGAUGAGGAAGCUGAAAGUUCGAUAUCAAGUUAUUCCCGAAAGGGCGCCGUGCGCGCGAUGAGUGAGGAGAUGGUUGAUUCCAUGGAUGUAUAA